GGCAGUGGCAUAUCAUAUCUCAGGUGCAGCAGUGGCAUAUCAUAUCUCAGGUGCAGCAGUGGCAGCGUCGUCCGAGACCAGAAGCAGCAAUGGGAAUCGAUCUCAAAGCCGGAGGUAAGAGCAAAAAGACGAAGAGAACAGCACCAAAGUCCAAUGAUAUCUAUCUCAAACUCUUGGUCAAGCUUUAUCGCUUCCUUGUUCGGAGAACUGGCAGCAAUUUCAAUGCUGUAAUUCUCAAGCGGUUGUUCAUGAGCAAGGUUAACAAGCCUCCACUAUCUUUGUCAAGGUUGAUUAAGUAUAUGAAGGGAAAGGAAGAUAAGAUUGCUGUGGUGGUGGGGACUAUAACUGAUGAUAUUCGUGCUUAUGAAGUUCCAUCCUUAAAAGUAACCGCACUCAGGUUUACUGAGACUGCACGUGCAAGAAUAGAAAAGGCAGGUGGUGAAUGCUUGACAUUUGAUCAGUUGGCUCUUAGGGCCCCUCUGGGACAGAACACGGUUCUUCUUAGAGGCCCAAAGAAUGCACGUGAAGCUGUGAAGCACUUUGGUCCUGCUCCUGGUGUGCCUCAUAGCCACACCAAGCCUUAUGUUCGUUCCAAGGGAAGGAAGUUUGAGAGGGCUAGAGGAAAGAGGAACAGCCGAGGAUUUAGGGUUUGAUGAGAUAGUAUCCUUUUCUCUGCUGUUAUUAUUAAUUAGACGGUGAAGGCAGUUUUCACUUUAUUUCUUGUAUUCUGAUAAUGAUUUUCAGCAUGAAGUUUUCAUUCUUGGCUCCUUUAUUAUCCAUUAUGUUUUGUGGAACUUCAACUCAGUUUUGAUGCUAGAAAACGGAUAAUCGUUAAUUAUGUGAUGCAUGUUUGUGCUUUUUAAU